AUGCUCAAGCCUGGAGCCAUCCGUCAGGAGCGCUCAAGCCUGGAGCCAUCCGUCAGGAGCGCUCAAGCCUGGAGCCAUCCGUCAGGAGCGCUCAAGCCUGGAGCCAUCCGUCAGGAGCGCUCAAGCCUGGAGCCAUCCGUCAGGAGCGCUCAAGCCUGGAGCCAUCCGUCAGGAGCGCUCAAGCCUGGAGCCAUCCGUCAGGAGCGCUCAAGCCUGGAGCCAUCCGUCAGGAGCGCUCAAGCCUGGAGCCAUCCGUCAGGAGCGCUCAAGCCUGGAGCCAUCCGUCAGGAGCGCUCAAGCCUGGAGCCAUCCGUCAGGAGCGCUCAAGCCUGGAGCCAUCCGUCAGGAGCGCUCAAGCCUGGAGCCAUCCGUCAGGAGCGCUCAAGCCUGGAGCCAUCCGUCAGGAGCGCUCAAGCCUGGAGCCAUCCGUCAGGAGCGCUCAAGCCUGGAGCCAUCCGUCAGGAGCGCUCAAGCCUGGAGCCAUCCGUCAGGAGCGCUCAAGCCUGGAGCCAUCCGUCAGGAGCGCUCAAGCCUGGAGCCAUCCGUCAGGAGCGCUCAAGCCUGGAGCCAUCCGUCAGGAGCGCUCAAGCCUGGAGCCAUCCGUCAGGAGCGCUCAAGCCUGGAGCCAUCCGUCAGGAGCGCUCAAGCCUGGAGCCAUCCGUCAGGAGCGCUCAAGCCUGGAGCCAUCCGUCAGGAGCGCUCAAGCCUGGAGCCAUCCGUCAGGAGCGCUCAAGCCUGGAGCCAUCCGUCAGGAGCGCUCAAGCCUGGAGCCAUCCGUCAGGAGCGCUCAAGCCUGGAGCCAUCCGUCAGGAGCGCUCAAGCCUGGAGCCAUCCGUCAGGAGCGCUCAAGCCUGGAGCCAUCCGUCAGGAGCGCUCAAGCCUGGAGCCAUCCGUCAGGAGCGCUCAAGCCUGGAGCCAUCCGUCAGGAGCGCUCAAGCCUGGAGCCAUCCGUCAGGAGCGCUCAAGCCUGGAGCCAUCCGUCAGGAGCGCUCAAGCCUGGAGCCAUCCGUCAGGAGCGCUCAAGCCUGGAGCCAUCCGUCAGGAGCGCUCAAGCCUGGAGCCAUCCGUCAGGAGCGCUCAAGCCUGGAGCCAUCCGUCAGGAGCGCUCAAGCCUGGAGCCAUCCGUCAGGAGCGCUCAAGCCUGGAGCCAUCCGUCAGGAGCGCUCAAGCCUGGAGCCAUCCGUCAGGAGCGCUCAAGCCUGGAGCCAUCCGUCAGGAGCGCUCAAGCCUGGAGCCAUCCGUCAGGAGCGCUCAAGCCUGGAGCCAUCCGUCAGGAGCGCUCAAGCCUGGAGCCAUCCGUCAGGAGCGCUCAAGCCUGGAGCCAUCCGUCAGGAGCGCUCAAGCCUGGAGCCAUCCGUCAGGAGCGCUCAAGCCUGGAGCCAUCCGUCAGGAGCGCUCAAGCCUGGAGCCAUCCGUCAGGAGCGCUCAAGCCUGGAGCCAUCCGUCAGGAGCGCUCAAGCCUGGAGCCAUCCGUCAGGAGCGCUCAAGCCUGGAGCCAUCCGUCAGGAGCGCUCAAGCCUGGAGCCAUCCGUCAGGAGCGCUCAAGCCUGGAGCCAUCCGUCAGGAGCGCUCAAGCCUGGAGCCAUCCGUCAGGAGCGCUCAAGCCUGGAGCCAUCCGUCAGGAGCGCUCAAGCCUGGAGCCAUCCGUCAGGAGCGCUCAAGCCUGGAGCCAUCCGUCAGGAGCGCUCAAGCCUGGAGCCAUCCGUCUGGAGCGCUCAAGCCUGGAGCCAUCCGUCUGGAGCGCUCAAGCCUGGAGCCAUCCGUCAGGAGCGCUCAAGCCUGGAGCCAUCCGUCAGGAGCGCUCAAGCCUGGAGCCAUCCGUCUGGAGCGCUCAAGCCUGGAGCCAUCCGUCUGGAGCGCUCAAGCCUGGAGCCAUCCGUCUGGAGCGCUCAAGCCUGGAGCCAUCCGUCAGGAGCGCUCAAGCCUGGAGCCAUCCGUCUGGAGCGCUCAAGCCUGGAGCCAUCCGUCUGGAGCGCUCAAGCCUGGAGCCAUCCGUCUGGAGCGCUCAAGCCUGGAGCCAUCCGUCAGGAGCGCUCAAGCCUGGAGCCAUCCGUCAGGAGCGCUCAAGCCUGGAGCCAUCCGUCUGGAGCGCUCAAGCCUGGAGCCAUCCGUCUGGAGCGCUCAAGCCUGGAGCCAUCCGUCAGGAGCGCUCAAGCCUGGAGCCAUCCGUCAGGAGCGCUCAAGCCUGGAGCCAUCCGUCAGGAGCGCUCAAGCCUGGAGCCAUCCUCGGUGCUCUCGGCGUGUAGCUGUGCUGUGCCUUUCACAUGCCUUUAA